UGUGAAACACAAAAUUAAAUUUUUUAUUUAACAAGUUAAAUCAAAAUCAUGUGAAGAAAGUACAUGUAAAAACAAAAGUGGAUGUACACUCUUUUUAUUAUCAGUUUUUCUAUGAACGUUCAAUAGCCUCACGAGUUUCGAUUAUUGACGUGGCAAUUCUUUAUUUUUUUAAUUUUCGAUGCUCAUAAUUCGAUUAUUGACGUGGCAAAUCUGACUUAUAUUCGCAAGUUUUACAACACAUUGGCUUUUACUUCUUUAUAUUCAACUUUAUCGAUUUUUAUUGACAUCACAGAUCGUUCAUCAUUCCAAGGAGGUAACCGAUCAAUCUGAUGGUUGUGGUGCUAAGUUUUCUGUGGUUGUCGUUUCUAAUGUAUUUGAAGGCAAAACUUUAUUACAACGACAUAGGUUGGUAAAUUCAGCUCUAGAAGAAGAAUUGAAAACAAUCCAUGCAUUUUCACAAAAAACUCUAACAUCAGAACAGUGGAAGAAACAACAAACUUAAUUUAAUUUAAAAAUUGCCAUAGCAGUUUUUUAUUCAAUCGUUUAGAGAAGAAGCUAUUUCUUAAAAAUAAAUUUUCAAUUGUUGCUUAAUUGUUACUGUUAUGUAUCAAGACUUAAUGAUACUGUAACAUAAACUACGUUAUCUAGUAAAAAUUUUUAUAUAGAAAUGAUCUCAUUUAAGGUAUCUGCACCAGGAAAAGUUAUUUUGUUUGGAGAACAUGCUGUAAUGUAUGGAAAGACUGCCUUAGCAGCUAGUUUAGAUUUACGUACAAAUUUAAAAUUUCAAGAACUACAAGAAGUAGAGAAAAUUAUGAAAUUAAACUUUCAUAACAUAAAUUUGGUUGUGAAUGUACCAAUUCAACGUAUACAAACAUAUAUUUCUAUUUAUAAAUCUCAUCAAUUAGAAAAUAAUCAUGACAAUUUUUAUGAUCAUAUUCAACAAUUCGUACACGAUAUUGGAUAUAAUAAUCCACAUCAAAAAUUAAGUUUAGAAGCAUUUUUUUAUUUGCUCAUAUAUGUAUCCAAUAAAGAAGAAAUUAAUGUAAAACCUGCAGAAAUAAAUUUGAAUACAGAAUUAUCAAUUGGCGCUGGACUUGGAAGUUCAGCUUCAUUUGCAGUUUGUUUGUCGGCUUGUUUUCUUCAUUGGUCACGUUUGCAAAAGAAUAUCUAUAAAACUUUAGAUAUAAACGAUUUGAAACUGAUAUCAAAAUAUGCAUUUGAAUGUGAAAAGAUUUUGCAUGGUACACCAUCUGGAAUCGAUAAUUCCAUUUGCACUUAUGGAUCAAUAAUAGAAUUUAGAAAAAAUAAUUGUAUGAACUCAAUACUUAAUGUAAAGAGAAUGAAAAUUUUAUUAGUAGAUACUAGAGUUCAAAGAAGCACUAAAACAAUAAUAGAUAAAUCAACGAAAUUGAAAUGUAUGUAUCCUACUGUUAUUGAUUCUAUCAUGGAUUCUAUAGACAACAUAUCAAAAGAAGCACUGAAAAUUCUUAAACAAGAUACAAAUCAAAUUCAGAAUAAUAGUAAAAGAAAAUGCGAAGAGUAUGAAGAAUACAAUCAAUUAAUAAUGCUUAUCAAUAUAAAUCAAAGUUUAUUAGCAGCAUUGCAAACAUCUCAUUCAUCAUUAGAUAGAAUAUGCGCAGAAGCUCAAAAUUAUGGAUUUGGUGCUAAGUUAACAGGUGCCGGCGGCGGAGGACAUGCUUUUGUUUUAUUACCACCAGAUACGCAACCUGAAAUCAUAUCAAGUAUUUCACGAAAAUUAAUUGCAGAUGGUUAUUGUGUUACAUUGACGAGCUUAGGUGGUGCUGGUGUUUCAAUAGAUGAAUAAGUUACUAUUUUUAUGAUUAUUUUAUGAAUAUCAAUAAAUAAACAAUUUUGUUUUGUGUUAUCUAUA